AUGAGAGGAGACUGCGACGAGGAGACCGCAGUCAAAUGGCAUUCGAGCAGAGUUCCCGAAGGGUAUACGCAUUUUCUGCUUGUGGUUUUGAGUGCUCUCAAACAGAUCAGGAAACAGGACCAACCAAUCUUGAGUGAUUGCGAUGAGGAUGGCUUUGAGACAGCUUGUGCACACUUCAGACCGAGAACAGCAGAUGUGACUGGCAAGCUCAGCCAAGAAGAGAUCAACAAGACAGUCGACUUCUGUCUCAACGCAUUCGAAUACCAUGCCCCUGAAAAACAUGAAGCAGUCCUGAGAAGAAUGGAAACUGCCAUGCUCGCCAACAAUGCCGAAGCCCCUGCCGCUCUCUCUACUGCCAAGACUGAAGCGCAGGUCGAAGAGAAGGCUAUAGUUGACCCUGAGGGUCUCUCUCCGGAUGAGCUGCGCAUCUUGAAAACUAUUCGCGCCCGGCAGAUGCUGCGUCAAGAGGAUACUCUGAGCAUUGAUAGCUUCACCAGCGACGCUAUCAAUGGGUGGUUGCCACUCGUCCACAGGGGAAGCUUGGUUCUUCGCAAGGCUGGAGCUAAGGCUCUUCGCCAGCAGACAGCCCCACUCCAGCCUUCUCGACAAGCAGUCUCUGACGAUACAUCAGGGAUGAAACCAGCAAAGCCCACUCCACGGGCAGCACCGGCCUUCGCGCCCAAUUCCAGCCCACACGUGGCGCUUGCCGACGCGUCUGCAAAUUGCGACGGUAGUUUCGGACAUCCGCUCUGA